UUUGGGUUAAUGUUAUUACUUUAUAAAAUGCAAGUUGAUGUCUAUAAGGUGUUUCAGUUUUUCCACUUGAUUUUGGAUUUCAAUUCAUUUUCUUGUCGCAUUAAUUCAAUCAAUUAUUUAAAAAUUUAAGCGUCAACCACAUUGAUUAUUAUAAUUAAUACCGUCCAAUCAAGCCAUCCCAAGUUAAAUUUUACUCAAAUCGUUAACCUAAAACGGCCUUAAAUUGAUUUGAAGAUGUUCAAAACACUAUUACCAUGCCUGUUAUUCAUCUGUAUUGCAGAGUUUGUAUCUAUGCAGUCAACUAAAUCUGUUGAUCUUGAGUCUGGCGAACCCAUCCAAUUGAUAUGUGAUUUGCCUGGGACUGGACUUGUCAACUGGGUUAAAAUUAUUGAUAUCACUAAACCUCAGGCAAUAUCCGUGAACGAUGAUAAAUAUAUAAUAUCCAAUGGAACUCGUGUCUUGACCAUUGAAAAUCCUAGAAGAAACACGGACGAAGCCAACUAUGUUUGCAUGACUAACUCAAAUAAUCAAACAAUUAAAGUUAGAGGUAAACCUGAAUUCUCAACAUUUAAAGCUUCUGACCAUACAAAGGAUAUGAACUCAUUCAAUGUGAUUGAAGACGAUGACUUACAUUUAGUUUGUGAAGUUAUGUUGAAACAAGCCUUCAAAGACGAUGAAAUUGAUUUUGUUUGGUAUCGAAAGUUCAGCGAUGGGAUGGAAGAAAGGAUAACUUCUCUGAAUAUUUCGUACGUGGAAGAGUCAGGAACAGGAGCUUAUGUUGCCAAAAAAUCGAUCCUCUCAAUGGAAGAUGUCAAGUUUUCCGAUAGAGCCCAAUAUAUCUGUGAGGCUGCAAACGGUGCCAUCAAAGCCAAUAACACUGUGACAGUGCGAGUCAAAGAUAAACUUGCUGCUCUCUGGCCAUUCCUCGGAAUUGUUGCUGAAGUAAUUGUUUUGUGUACGAUCAUUUGCGUAUAUGAAAAGAGGAGAGGAAAACCAGAAUUUGAAGAUUCUGAUAAAAAUAAAAGUCCUGCGCAUUCCAAGUGACUUUAACGAUAACUAUGGUAAUAAACGCUAGCAAGAUUAUUGGAAAAGAAGAAUGUCAGAGAAGUAAUCUUUACAAUCGCCAUUCUGCUGACGGGCUCACAGUAAUUAAUAGGUGUUAUGAGCUGACUCGAUUACUCUUUCGUCAUAAUAAUACUAGUCUCAAUUAACCUUUAACUUAAAUAUUGAAAGUUACUAUAAAAGCCAAAAAAUUUAUCUUUUAGUGAACUUACUUUUUUUGACAACAUCUCUUCCAAUUGCAUGAUUUUAAACAUUGGUUUGGUUCCAUUACAAAUUACAAAUUUCGCCUCAAUUUUCCAAUUAGACUCAAAUUCUUAACCUGUUGAUUAACUCAUCUCGACAA